AUGACCGUGCUUCCUGAAGAUCUGCUCAAGCCCUUUGGAGCUGAAACUUUGUUCAAGUUAUCAAGUUAUGCCCCCAACAUCAGGGAUGAUGAGUUCUACUCAGACUGGGUGUACAUUGCCAGUGCCACCCAGUAUCUGAAAGUGGAGCCAAGGUUCAAGUUCCCUCUACUUCACUAUCUUCAGGAGUUCAUCAUCAUUCAAGAUCAUGAACAUGAGACAGCUUUCAUCUCAGGCAACCAGAGCAUUCAUCUUCACAGGCUGGUGCUGGGACUUGAGGCAGUAG